AUGGCUGCUCAUAAAUACGAUGGUGGCAUGGGUUUUCGGCACUUGCAUGAUUUCAACAUUGCCAUGCACGCUAAACAAGGUUGGCGUCUACUUUACAAUCCAGAUACUCUUGUUGGAAAAGUCUAUAAAUCUAGAUACUUUCCCCACUCUGAUUUCUUAAGAAUAAUCGGAUCAGGGGACACAGUAAGCAUACUAAACCACCCGUGGCUACCUAUACAUGAUAACCCAUAUGUUUCAACAAUACACCCUGAUUUAAUGAACCAACAUGUUAGCUCCCUUUUUCAUGUGCAUAACCGCUCUUGGGACUAUGACCUUGUACGAGAUAUGUUCAAUAAUCGAGAUGCUGAUAUUAUUUUGGGCAUCCCACUAAGCUCAAAUGUCUCCAUUGAUACAUGGUCUCAGGAGGGGGAAAGAACGGGCGAGUUCUUGGUCAAAAGUGCAUAUAACAUGCUCCAACAACAAAAGUGCACCGAAGAGAUGGUUGCAAACUUAGACUUCUGGUGGCAACUAUGGCAAUUGAAGGUUCCCCCGAAAGUCAAAAACUUUUUGUGGAGAGCCAUUAUAGGUACAUUACCAACUUGUGUCCAACUAGUGAUCAAGCAUGUUGAUAUUUCAAUCACUUGCCCCGUUUGUAAUCUACAACCUGAAACCAUCAGCCAUGCCCUCAUCUCUUGCUCGUUUGCAUUUGAUUGCUCGAGCCAAUGUGCAACUCCAGUAGUUUUUGAUCCUGGCGGUUCUUUCGGCAAUUGGUUGGAGGCCAUCUUUAAGCAAGCUGAAGCUGAUAUGAUUUGUCUUAUGGCCAUGUAUGGCUGGGCAAUCUGGAAAGCUAGGAACAAGGUUGUUUGGAAAAAGAAACACUCCUCUGUUAAUGACGUGCUUACUUCUGCACAAGUAGCUCUAGAUCAAUGGAAUAAAGCUCUGGAUAAAAUUUCGUUGUCAUCAAUCUGUUUGGAAAGCAUCGGUGAUGGCGCUGAGUCAUGGACUCGACCCGCAGAAAACACAAUCAAGAUUAAUGUAGAUGCAGCACUCUUUGAUAGCGACAAUAAGUAUGGUUUUAAAAUUGUUGCCCGAAACCAUCUUGGUCACCUUGUUGCAGCACGGGUCGAUUGCCAUGGCGGAAGAUAUGCAGCUGACGUCAUUAAAGUCAUGGGGAUUAAAGAAGCACUCAGUUGGGUAAAGACCAAUAAUUGGCAACAUGUUCAAAUUGAGACGGACAGUCUUGUUUCAGGAACUGCACAUCUUAUAAUUCCAGUGUCGGACCAUUACACUGGCCGUGUUACAUGGGGCGCGAAGAUUAAGGCUAAAUUUGAAGAAUUCAACCUAUUGGACAGGGUGAGGGAAUCCCCUUUCAAACAGUUUUUCGAGAGAGCGCCCAUACAAUUUUCUGGAGCAUUUUUUCAUCAGUUGAUGCUUCACAAAAUAAAAUCUGACAAGCCGGACGAGGUGCAUUUCUACUUGGGAAGGAGGAGAUGUAGAUUUGGGAGGGUGGAGUUCGGCUUGGUCACCGGGUUAAACUUAUUGCCCGGCCCUACUGAGGAAGACAUCAAACAAAAUGGAAGCUCUGACCGGUUGAUUCAGGAAUAUUUCAACGGUAGUGCUUCGAUCACCUUCGGCCAACUGCGCAGAGUUUUUGAGAGCUGCACAGAAGCUGAUGAUGUCUACAAGUUGGGGAUGGCCUUGUUUGUUAUAGGCGUCCUCACUGGUAAGGAGGAGAAGAAUGUCGUUCCUCCUUUUGUGAUAAGAAUGGUUGAUAACCUUCCAUUCUUCUACGAGUAUCCCUGGGGAAAGAUUUCUUACACCAAGCUGAUGGAAACUUGUAACAAGGAUUACUUGGAUGUGAAGAAUAAGAUGUUGAAAAAGAUUGAGAAGGGAGUAACUCAGAAGGAGGCAAAAUACUCAGCCUACGGCUAUGCUGCAGCGUUGCAGUAUUGGGCAUACGAGGCCAUAUUACAGCUGGGCAACGAGUAUGCAGUGAGGAGGUCGCAUGGCUUUCCGAGAAUGGUCAACUGGGAGAGUAAGCUGAACACUACACUCGGGAAGGAUGAAGUGACCAGAUUAUUUGCUAAAAAUUUGACAGUGUACUCCGUGUUAUGUCCUCGGCCGAACGAGAUUAAGUUUGUGAGUUACAUAACCGGGGGUCAGCCUCCGUUAUUUGUUGACUUGGAGGAACUUGUGUUGGGUGAGGAUGGGCAACCAACACAGGAUGCUUUGCGAAGCCAGGCCGAAAAGCUUGCCUCCACAUUGGAAGAACGAGCGGAGGCAGCCCGAAUAUUUAAAGACUCUACACCACCUCCACCGUCUCCUCCACAUGCACCGCCUGCAGCCUGCAUGGGUCCGGAUCCUCCUAUUCCCCCGACAGCUUCUAUUCCCAGCACCUCGGAGGCUCACGAUCCAGUAUACCCUGCCAUUUUGGCAAGGUUGGAGACUGUGGAGAGGGGGCAGGCCGCUCUGCUAAGAGGACAAACAGCGAUUAUGGAUCAGUUGAAGACCAUAAUGACGCUCCUGCAAGAUCUUGGAAGGCCGGCAGCAGAUUCACAGCCACAGCCACAGCCACAGCCACAGCCACAGCCACAACCGGAAGAGGAGGCUCGGACACCGGAAGAUGACUUCAUUCUCCCAAAUGAUUACCAACCGGAUGAUGAUGACAUGUUCUGUAAACCUGAGAAGACGAAUAUCACCAGCAUCGGGGAUACUCAGGAUUCUGAGGUGCAGGUGUUAGAGACAGCUCCAGAAGUCAUGGAUAACCGGAGGAAGAGACGGCGGCCUAGGUGGUUCGCUGAGUACACUGAAAUGAAGAAGAAGGCUAGGGCUACUUCGACACUCGUGAAUGCGGACCCACUUAGAGUGGUUGAUCGGAAGCUGCUCAAGACUUUUCACAAUUGGGUACUCGGCCAGAUUGGGAACAAUUACCCGAGAGAGUGCUUCACCGGUCGAUACCCUUCGUCUUGGUUCCUCGAACUGCAUACUCCGAAAUUUUGGCUUGGGAACGAUCAUUUGGAUGCGGCAUUCCAUUUGAUGAGGAGGCGGCAACACUUUUAUCCCGAGUCCUACCCGAAUAGAUGUGUCAUAAUGCCGUGUAUUUUCCCAGCAGGAGUUAUUGCUCGGUGGGAAGCUGCGGGUGAUGACCAGGCUAACUAUCAGUGGGACGAGAGCAUAUUAGAUUUGAUUCGAGGGGAUGAAAGUCAAUUCUUGGCCAGUUGGAAGAACAAGGAGAGAAUAUAUAUGGCCCUCUACUUCGAUGGAGCAAAGCAUUGGGUGGCAUUAGAGAUAGAUCUGGAUCAUUGGUUGUUGAACAUAUUUGACUCCAGCCUCGGAUCGAUUUCCCCGAACGAAUUGAACCGUCACCUGGCAAUGUGGGAAAAAUUACUACCAAAUUUGUUGCUGCAGGCUGGCCUAUUCGAGAGUCAUGACAUGAUCCUCUUACCUCAACUUACCGCCUCAGAGAGCCAGGUCAGAAAUUUCACUUCAAAAGUCAUGGAUCGGGCCGUUGUUCCACAGACAAAGACAAGGUAACUUAAUUACAAUUGAUUUUUUUGUUAUUUAACUUGAAUUUAAUUUGCAUACAUUUA